CAACAUUUCUCACUUCCACACCAAAUGUUUUUCCUUGGGUUUUUGUCAAAUGUUGCAUUUUAAGCUUCAUCAACUUGAUUUGCUGUUCUUUUCUUGUUCCGUUUCUCAGUGUUUGAGACUGUUUCUUGUUUGGUAAAAUGGGCAAUUUUUCCUCCAUGGAUUAGCACUUUCUACUGCAUUAGGUGGUUCUCCUGAUUUUGAAAUAAAUAUCAAUGACUUCAGGGGGAAAAAAAGAAAAAGAAAAGAGAGAGAGAAAAAUCAUCACCUGAAGAUGGAAACUUGAUUGUUUAUUUCUUAGGCUAGGCAUCCUAUGUUUCAUCAUUUUGACUGAAAUGCCUUAUGAUUUCAAAUGGCCCAUGAUGUGGAUUCACUGUUUCUCCUAACUUUGAAUUUGGAGUGAUUCACAGUGUCACACAAGUUAGUUUUUUGCUAACAGUGAAGCAAGUAUGAGUAGAAUCAUGAAAUGGAGCAACUUGGCCAGAAGCUUCUGUUCACCACUCUUGAGCUGGAGAAGCUAAAAGCUGAAGCUAUGGAGGAAGUGAGAAAGAACAAGGAGUAUGUCAAGCAGUUAAUCCACCUGCUGAAGUAUGCUAUCCAAGAAAGAGAUGAAGCUAGAAACCAGCUUCACAAGCUGCUCAACAAGACCAUGACUCUGACCACAACUGCUGAGAAUUUCUCAGCCGUUCCCCUGUUUCAGGCUGAUAGCCCUCUUCUGAAACCUGCAAAAGCAAAUUCAAGCAUAACCGAAUCUAAUAGUCUCUCAGAGACGUACAACUACCACUCUCACGGCUCGUCUCCUGUUGAGUCCCUUUUUGAUGCAGUUUCGUCUCCUGAAUUCUCGAACAUGAACUUGGUUGCUAGCCAGCCUUUGGUUCAAGAUUCUGUAGUGGUGCCGAAAGUUGAUCAGGGCUCGUUGAUUAUAGACAAUCUUGUGAAGGGGAGAGCUUUGCCUCAGAAAGGGAAGUUGCUGCAGUCUGUACUUCAAGCUGGGCCGUUGCUUCAGACCCUUCUUCUGGCCGGUCCGCUUCCUAGGUGGCGAAAUCCACCACAAUUUCAGCCUUUUCAGAUUCCUCCUGUUUCGAUCAAAGGUUGUGAGACUGAUGCUUUUUCUCAAAAACCAGCAUCUAAUGUGGGACAAUUGGCUUCAAGAUCCAUGAACUCACAGCCUUAUGCUCAGAUGUCUUGUGGGACGGCCCAAGUUCAGGCAGCACCUAUGUUGAAUUAUGCUAAUUUGGCAUCUGGGACUUGUCCGAGCAACGUUUCACUGAUAUCCUCUGGGAUGAAUACCACUGGUUAUGCCCCUUUGGUCAAGAGACAAAGGUUCAGUUGAUACGACGAUCCUGAGUCCUUCAAAUUUUUGUACAAAUAGAAGGUGGGGAGUGGUGUAAAUGGCAAAUAUUGGUUUUAAUCUUAAGCAACUUGAUUUUUUCGAUUUUUAUCAAAUGCAAUUUCUCUUAGUUUCAUAUUAUUUCCAUAAUAACGUAUUCACGGUUCACUUUAUUGAUCAGAAGCAAAAUUUGCAUUGAACUGUAUCCGAUUACCUGC